AUGUCUCUCGCAACUCUUGAUACAACUCAACACCCCAACCUCCCCGCCUCCUCCGCAACGCUCUUCAGCGCAAAGGCGCAGAAACAGCUCUCCUUCGAACAAAUCGGCCAGCACAUCGGGCGCAACGAAGUCGCCGCCGCCGCGAUUUUCUACGGACAGGCAAAGGCCUCGCCGGAAGAUAUCCAGAAUCUGUCUUCCCUCCUCAGCAUCCCCCAUGAGACCCUGAAGGCCCAGCUUGAGGGCUUCCCUGACCGUGGCCGCUCCGUCGAAAUGCCGCCCAAAGAGCCGCUGAUCUACCGACUCUAUGAGAUCGUGCAGAACUACGGGUAUGCGUAUAAGGCGGUGCUGAAUGAGAAGUUUGGGGAUGGGAUUAUGAGUGCAAUUUCGUUUUCCACCAAGGUUGAGAAGGAGACGGAUGAGCAGGGGAAUAACUGGGCCGUUAUUACGUUGAGGGGGAAGUGGUUGCCGUUCUCGAGGUUUUAG